CAGUUUCGUCAUUCAUUGCUUAAGUUUUAUUUUAUUGUAUUGAAAUCUUACAAAUAUUGUCCUUUCAACAUUGCUGCUAUGUGAUUAUACGUUUAGAAACAGCACUACUGAACAUAAAUCAAAUCAAUUUGAUGAAUCAGUUAUUGAAUACAUUGUAAACAGUGCAAGCAGUGCUAUCUAGAGUUAGAGUGCGAAGUUUUUGUUUUAUUUUAGAAAAAAUGAAUUUAGAGAUUAAUAGAUUAAAUACUUUUUCAAACUGGCCCAUGGGAGCCCCAGUAGAUCCGAUACGAAUAGCGAAGGGGGGCUUCUUUUAUACUGGGCAAGGUACAGAGGUGGAGUGUUUCAGUUGUGGUGGAAAAAUUUCACAGUGGAAUUACGGUGAUCAAGUUAUGAUGCGACAUCGGCGGAUGGAUCCCAACUGUCCAUUCGUGGUGAACCCGCAGAUGGCGGGGAACGAGCCACUCGUCUUGGAUCGCCCGUUCACCGCCCAGUCAGCUGCAGUGCCUGUGUCUGCUUCUGUCCCUGAUGAUCUUGUGACAACAUCGCAAGACGCUGGGCCAACUGAAGAGGAUGAAAUGUAUAAAAGUGAUGCUCUCAGGCUGCUAUCUUUUAUCAAUUGGCAGGAUGAUUCAGUAUCCAGAGAAGCACUGGUCAGUGCAGGGUUCUACCAUGCCGGGGAGGGGCGGUUACGCUGCGCCUGGUGUGGGGGAGAGUUGGCCCCUUUCAGAAAUCUCGGCUCUUUAGGAGCACCUGUAGAUAUACAUCGGAGGUAUUUCCCGCGGUGCGAUCACGCCCUCCGGCUAGAUAAUGCGUACCGCGCGUCCAACAUAUCGCCGCCGUUCUCGCCACCACACACCCCUCAGGUGGAGUCGCCACGGAACUCCGUCAUGUCUGAAGGCGCACUCCACAACUCACGUCUUCUAGCGCGAAACGGCCAGAACUGCACCCAACUGGGCGUGGUAGGAGUCUCCGGGCCCGGCGUGCAGCACCCCGCGCUGGCGAGCCUGGCCGCGCGCCUCGCCACGUUCGCGGAGUGGCCGCAGGGCCGGCCCCAGGGACCCGACACUCUGGCCGAGGCGGGAUUCUUCUAUACCGGACAGGAUGACCAAGUUUGCUGUUUCUACUGCGACGGCGGGCUAGGAAAGUGGGAGGCAAGCGACGAGCCGUGGGCGGAGCACGCCCGCUGGUUCCCCAGCUGCGGCUUCGUGCAGCUCGUGAAGGGCGCGGACUUCGUGGCCCAACACCGUAGCACCCAGCUGCCACCGCGGGUGACGUCCGACGACAGAUCAGUUAAUAUAAGACAACGAAAUCCAUCAGUAAAUUUUCCUGUCAAUGAGAGCCAGGUAGAGGAACAGAUGGACUCCCAACAGGCGCUGGUCGCGUUGGGAGCGGGCUUGGACGCGGCGCGGGUGCGGCGCGCUAUAAGGCGGCGGCUGCAGACCACUGGGUUGCCGUUCACGUCAUCGGAGGCGCUGAUCGACGCGGUACUGGACGAGCAGCUUAACGAAGAAAGUUGGGGAGUGAGCACCAACCAGCGGUUCGCUAGGGAUAUCCUCGCCGAGGCGCUGAGGGAGUUCGCCCCCGCUGCCGGAUUAAUACCAUCACCAGACUGCGACCAAACAUCUCAAUCAGAAAGUUCCUCGCGAUCUCGGACGCCCAACGAGCCUCAACCCAGCCAAGAAGUCAUAGUAGCACAUGCUGAUACUAGUCAAACUGCCAGAGACCCUGUCAGACUAAACAGUAGAGUUAGCAAUGACAGAGACAGUGAUAGAACUGACAGAGUGGAAAGUGAGAAGGAAAACAGUCCAGUGAGGAAGAAAUUGUCUUUGGAGGAGGAGAAUAGGCAGCUGAAGGAAGCGAGGCUGUGCAAAGUGUGUAUGGAUAGCGAGGUGAGCGUGGUGUUCCUGCCGUGCGGGCACCUGGUGUCGUGCGCGCGCUGCGGCGCGGCGCUGGCGUCGUGCCCGCUGUGCCGCCAGCCCGUGCGAGCCCUGGUGCGGGCCUACCUGGCCUGACCGAGCCGCCGC